UCCGUAGACCGUCCGCUUUAUUGGCUAAUUUUCAGUCAAUAUCAGCCUUUGACGAAUGGACAGGCUUGAAUGGUGCCUGGAUACGGCGUUUUUUGCGUGAAGCAAAUUUGAUGAGUUCAGAAAACGAUUGUGAUAUAGAAAAAAGGGUAAGAUUAGAGACUGCAAAUAAUAGAUUUCAGGACUAUUGGGAGACUAUCAUCCUAGAAAAGAAACAAAUAUCAGUAAAACGUAAACAUCUUGCAGGAAGCUUGGAUUUACUUUAUGCAUCUGAGGAAGGUAAUGUUCGACAUAUACUCUCAGAAGGAAUAUCGGUGGUUAGUGUAUCAUACAAACCACAAUCAAAACGACCCACUCCUGAAAAGACGGACGAGAUACAGAGUGAUUUUACCAAUAACAAUAGUCAGACUCCUAUUGGCCGUGAGUGCGAGUUAAGGCUAAACGUAGACGAAAUCGGGUUCGAUGAAUAUGUUGAUCAAGGAAAUAAAUCUUUCAUUUUCGAAAAAAAGAACAUAUCGUCAUUAUUUGGAUUAUAUCGAUCCAAAGCAUCAGCUCUCGCACGAACCUCUGGUUUAAAGGUAACAAAAAAUUACCAUGAAAUAUUGAGCCUUUCUCAUAUUCUUUUAUUACGAACGGAUAACUACUCAGAAAUGCAAGUAAAAACAUUUUCCAGGGACACACUUGAGAACUUGAGAAAGUACAUUAAAUCAAAUUUUGUUGGGAAAGAGAAGGUGUCAAGGGAUAUAAAAUCUAUCCUGCAAGAAUACAUUGAGAUUGCUCUUGACGAUGAUGAUGGUGGAUUAUAUAAACUCCGUGAGACAAUU